AUGACAACUGCAUCAAACGUUCAAUGCACAAAAUGUGUGAAAAAUACUGGUAUAGCCACAUGCGAUGGCUGUUUAGCAAAAUUGUGCAGACGGUGUUUCAAUGAUCAUCGCCAAGAGUUGUCAGAAGAACUCGACAAUGUUGUUUACCAACAUGAUAUCCUCAAACAGGAGCUCGAAACGCCAAACAAAAAUGAUUCACAUCAGUUAUUAAAACAGAUUGAUGAAUGGAAAAAAGACUCUAUCGAUAAAAUUAAUCAGCUCGCUGAGCAAUGUCGGACUGACGUUGUCAAACUGCUAAAUAAAAACAAGGACGGGCUUAUAGAAAGAUUUCGCAAAAUAUCGAAUAGAGUUCGCAAAGGUCGAGACGAUGAAGAUUAUGUUGAACGAGAUCUCAGCAAGUGGAUGGCUGACUUAAAAGAACUAAAAGAUGAACUUAUCAGACCAUCGAACUUUCGCAUCGAAGAGGAUAAACAACAAUCUCCUUGGAUUCAAAAGAUCAGUGUACACCAAGAUAUCGAUAAUAGCUCAUCACUGGUAGAACAAAUCAAAAGUAUUGCAAAACAGAUUCAAAUACCUUCUCAACCAAAGGAAAAAUUUGAUCCAGUGAAGGGUAAUGCUACAGUACAGGAAAAUGGGUCGGUUGCUGUUAAUUCGGCACAACAGAAUUACUCUGAAAUACGUGAAUUAAACCUGUAUACGCCCGGUGUUCAUCGAAUUAAGAUAAAAAUAGAGAAAAUGCUUAAUAAUUAUUGGAUAUUCUUUGGCAUUGUUUCAUCGUAUCAGUCAAUGGGAGGCAUGCCAUUUGGCUUAAAAUCAUCUUACGGAUGGGCUGGAAAUGGCAAACAGAUGAUUUUGAACGGCGCCAGCGUUGAUGGCGGGACGACCGGGUACGAUGGCGACAUCAAAGAAAACGAUAUCGUUGAACUCAUUAUCAAUUGUGAUCAAAGCAAAAUUCAAUUAUGUAAUGAAAGAUCAGGCAAACAGUAUGAAAUUGACAUUGAUAAGAAUAUUUGUAAAUUUCCAUGGCAACUACACUUAAACUUCCUACAGCCAAAUGACCGCGUAAGAAUUUUACCUUGA